AUGGACACCUACGAGAGUACUUAUGGCUAUUUCAAUUACAAUGACGAUAACUACACUGAUUUUCCUUAUCCUAAUGUCACAGAGGACUGUACUGAAUCUUACCUCCCUGGCGCCAACAUCUUCCUGCCCGUACUUUACUUCGUCAUCUUUUUCACAGGCUUUUUGGGUAACCUCUUUGUGAUCUUAGUUGUGGGCAAGAAAGGGCGGAGAAGUGGGCGUCUUGUGGACACUUUUGUUGUCAAUCUGGCCCUUGCUGACUUCAUCUUUGUCCUCACACUGCCUCUGUGGGCCAUCUCUGCCAGCCAGAAUGACUACUGGGACUUUGGGACACUAAAGGACCUGCUGUGCAAGCUGAGCAGCUACAUCAUUGCUGUGAACCGCUUCUCCAACAUCUUCUUCCUCACCUGUAUGAGUGUUGAUCGCUACCUGGCUGUGGUGAAGCUGAUGGAUUCAAAGUACCUCAGGAGCAGUCAGUGCAUCCGUACCACCUGUGCCGCAGUCUGGUUGAGCUCCCUGGUGCUCGGUAUCCCAUCCCUGGUGUACCGUAGAGUGGAGCAGUACGAUGAUGUAUCGUACUGCGUGGAAGAUAACAACUCACCCUUUUUUCUUGGCCUGAGCUUGACCAUGGCGUUGCUCACCUUUGUCUGUCCAGUGUUAAUCAUCGUGCUCUGCUAUGGCACCAUCAUCAUGCAUCUCAACAAGCAUUGUGUUGCUGCUGCCAAUCCUCGAGCUGAAGCCCGCCGCAGGCACUCACUCAAGAUGGUCCUCUCCAUCAUAAUGGCCUUUGUGGUAUCCUGGCUCCCUUUCAACGUUUUCAAAGUCAUGAUAAUUGUCUCGAAGCUCUCACAUGUUGAGCCGAGUUGUCUGUCGUGGAAAACAAAUGGGCUCCGUGUGUCGUGCUGCCUGGCCUUCUUCAACAGCUCCGUGAAUCCAGCCAUUUACUUUUUCCUGGACCAUCACUUCAGACAACGGGCCAUGAUCCUGUACAAGACCUGCAUAGGAAAGCCCAAGAUGCUGCAGAGCUUCAACUCUUCAGCUUCAUUCACCAAUGCUGGCACUUCAGAGAGCUGUGGAACAACUGGUGGGAGAACUCAGCUUCAGAGUUCUAUGUAG